ACAGAUUAGUUUUUUUAUUGGAAAGUCAAAGUUACAGGUAGCUAUUUUAGUGGGAUAUAUAGAAGAGAGAAAGUGAGUUAAAUAAAAUUUGAAUCGGUAAAUACUAAAAACACAAUAGAUGAGACCAGAGACGAGGUUGAGUUGCGGUAGUUAGUUACUUGUGUUUCGAAGUGAGAGCAUAGCAUAGCAUAGCAUCAGAGCAAUGUCCAGUGGCUGUAGCAUCAGAGCAAUCUGGAUUCUCAACAACCUCGACGCCGUCGUUUUCUCCAGGAGAUUCCCGGUGGUAGAGAAGCGUUGGCGAGCUUUUUGUAACACCGACAAUGAAAUCGAACAACUCUUUUCUUCUUUACCUUCUGACUCUGACCUAUCUGACGCUUUUCUUCACAGAAGACAUAGGGAAGGAUCUGCGCGGGGAUUUGGAAUACGCAAAAGUAAUUCAUCUCUGGGAUCAGAUUCUUGGGUGGAUGAUCCCAUUACUCGUCAUAUAAUAGGUCUUUAUAUUAACAAAGAAAUGGAGGAUGAUAAGAAUCUUUUGUGGCCUUUAAUCUUGCACAUAAAGGGCUAUUACAGUAUACUUGUUCUUCCAUUGGUUGAGCCUAGGCAUGUAAAGGCUUAUGCAAGGCUAUGUAAAAGACCUGACUGUGGUAGUUCGCUUGGUCUCGAUGAUAGUUUGUCUUCCCUCUUACUUGAUCUUCCGGCAAUAACAGGGGCAUUUAUGAUAGCACAUGCCAUUGGUGACAUAAUUACUGGUGAUACAGUAGAACCGGAAGUGAUCAUAAAUGCAGCACCCUCUGUUGGUGGGCUGUUUGAUUCAUUAACUGGUAGUAUAGGCAUCUCUUCCCGAGCCAAACCUGUAGCUCCACAAAGUGCUUCUUCCUCCCCUUUGGGCACAACUGGACCAGGAUCUGCCACAGCAGAUACUCCAAAAAUGGGGUCUAGGCCUUUGGAUAAAGAUGCACUCAGAACAUUUAUCAGUAGCUCAAUGCCCUUUGGCACACCCUUGGACCUUAAUUAUUCAAAUAUUUUUUCCAUCAAGGUGAAUGGCUUUUCUGCUUUGGAUUUGCCUCCUACAGACCAGAAGCAACCAGCUUGGAAGCCAUAUCUAUUCAAAGGAAAACAAAGAAUGCUUUUUACCACUCAUGAGACUGUUCAUGCGGCUCUGUAUGAUAGAGAUGAGAUCCCAGAUAUUAUAUCAGUUUCUGGUCAAAUAAAUUGUAGAGCUGAUUUGGAAGGGUUGCCAGAUGUAUCAUUUCCCUUAACAGGAUUGAACAUAGCAAACCUUGAGGUUUCAUCGUACCAUCCUUGUGCUCAAGUUUCAGACCAAGGUCCAGAUAAGCAGGGGGUGGUGUUUUCUCCACCAUUAGGUAAUUUCGUGUUAAUGCGAUAUCAGGCAACUUGCGCCCUUGGACCUCCUGUGAAGGGAUUCUAUCAGUUGUCAAUGGUUUCUGAGGAUAAAGGUGCAUUUCUAUUCAAGUUGUGUCUAAUGGAAGGUUAUAAGGCUCCUUUGACAAUGGAGUUUUGUACUGUGACUAUGCCCUUUCCUAGGAGGAGGGUUAUAUCCUUAGACGGUAUUCCUUCCUUGGGAACAGUUUCAACUUCAGAGCACUCGGUUGAAUGGAAAAUUGUGACAGGUGGACGGGGACUAACUGGAAAAAGUAUUGAAGUGACGUUCCCGGGAACAGUGAAGUUUGCUCCAUGGAAAAACCAAAUGGCUAGGUCAGCCUUUGGAACCAUUGUUGAUGAGGAUAGUGAUAAUGAGGCAGAAAACGCUAGUAGCAUGGUUAAUGAAGAACAUUUCAUGGAGAAAAUGAACAAGGAUCUUCCUCCAGUUGAUCUAGAGGAGCCAUUUUGCUGGCAAGCAUACAAUUAUGCUAAAGUAUCAUUCAAGAUUGUUGGGGCAUCAGUAUCUGGAAUUUCGAUUGAUCCUAAAUCUGUGAGCAUCUAUCCAGCUGUAAAAGCACCUGUAGAGUUUUCAGCUCAGGUUACAUCUGGGGACUAUAUUUUAUGGAAUACUCUUGGAAAGUGUCCACAUGUUGCUACAGUGUAAAAAAUGAAACGGCCACCGAGAGGCAUCUGAAUCUUAAUGGCGGGGGCACCAUAUGAUGUAUGAUAGAAACUCUGAAUUAAUGUUUUUUUAUUCUUUGCCAAAUAAUGUGGAGAUAGCCAAUUGAAUCUGGUGUACCAGUGGUCUGAUAAGAAAGUAAUAAAUGUUCUUUUUCUGUAACAAUUAAUGUUAAUAAUUAAUAUUGUUAGUAUUUUGUUUAA